AUUUUCUAAUCCAAAACAGGUCAAAAAUAAUUAGAUUUUAGCUUAUUAACGUGGUUUAUUAAACGUGGGCAAGUAUUCUUCAUAUACGUAUGCCUAUCGAGGUGGUCAAAAAAGUGGGUGGACAUAAGUUCCUAAUUGGGCAGCCGUGUUGUGUUGUGCAGAUGAAAAUAAACUUUAUUGAUGAUGAAAAAUGAAGGGGGUUGGUAAUUCACCAGCUGAUCGCGAAGGGAUGACAAAUAAACCUAUAGUAGCAUGCGCUGGCGAUUGGAAUUUAUUCUGUACUUUAGAACAACCCCUGGUGGCUGCGAUUCCUCAGGAUUCCUGUGAAUGGCGUCGGUCGUAUGGUCGAAUAACUAAAUUUGUAUAUUUGGAGGCAACUUUUGUAAAGUUUAAUAAGGAUAAGGUGCAAUCUGAGCUCAAUUUACUAAAGCGACCUAUAUUCCAUAUUUAUUGGACGGAUUGUGUGGAUAUAGAGUAUUACAAAACAACACUCAGAGAAGACAUAGAAGCAUGGCUCAAGCAAUUAGAAAAAAACAACAUAACCGAUUGGAUGAUAGUUUUAGUAGAAACUUACGAUAUAAGAAAGACAAACAAGUUACUGCCCAGGACUACAGUUUUAGAUAAAAUCAAAGGUGAUUUUGCCGCAAAACAAACGGAAGAUAGAUUUAUAUCUGUCAUCAAUCCUAUAAAAUCUGAGGCGAGGAGUGCAGAAUCCUGGCGAGCACUAGUGGCGAAAGUUAGGCAUUUUAUCCUAGUGGCGUAUAACAAAGCUCUUAUUAAGUUUGAAGAAUAUAUGAGAGAGCAAAGAGAAAAGAGGAAUGAUCCAGAAUGGGAUUUUUGUAAAUACUUCAUUUUACAAGAGCAAUUAGCCUUUGUUCUUGAAAUGCUUGGUCUAUAUGAAGAAGCCCUAGUCCAGUAUGAUGAAUUGGAUGCAUUGUUCUCGCAAUUUGUACUCAAUUCUAAUGUAGCAGAAAGUCCAAAAUGGCUUGAGACUUUCCGACAACCAAUCACAUCCUGGCAAGCUGUAAGACUGACUUCACUAGUACCGCAGAAUUUAAGGGAAUUAAUAAUUAAGAAGAAAGCAUCUCUAUUAGACUUUAGGAGUUACUUGUUUCAACGACAAAGUGCCAUGUUAUUACUUACUUUUAAGCCUUGGGAAAUCGCGUCUCGAUGUCUAACUACAGUCCACAACACUUUGGUAGAGCUAACAUUACUAAACGCGCACGCAGUGGAAGGCGCGGCUGCGUGCUGGGCGCAUCUUGCGUGCGCGGAGACGCUGCGCGCGUGCGAGCGGCUAUCCUCCACGAAUAGUGCGCUUGAAGCUUGCACUAGUAUGAACGCGCCUUUAUUGCAUAAUGCGAAGGAUAAGCUUCACGAACUAGGCAAGCUCUGCGGUUUGCUCCCAGGCUCGCCCGAACCUACCUCAGAACAGCUACACUUAGUAGUCAUGUUAUCCGCUGGCAUGGGAGACAGCGAGCCAAACAACCAGCAAAGUCCCACGGAUCGGUUAAAAGAAGCUCUUUGUAGCAAGAAAAGCUUUCAACAAUACUAUUUGGAGUUGGCAGAAUUGGCGAUGGGCACUUACAAACACAUUGGGAGGUUAAGGUUUGCACGCACUAUAGGGCGGGAUUUAGCCGCGUUCUAUUCAGAGUUGGGAGAAACGAGCAAAGCCGUAGUAUUUCUUAUGGACGCGUUACGUUCUUAUGAGGAGCAGGGAUGGAAGGAUCUAGCGGCGCAGACGCGCUUAGAACUGAUCGCUGCCGCUAAGAAAAUGAACGAUGUUGAUAGGUACACAAAGCUCUCUGCUAGGAUAGCUAGCACUGCCGAAUUAGAGAUUCUAGUCAGAAACUUUUAUUUCGAAGAAAUGCUGAAGUCCAUUAAAGAAAACUUCGCGGAUAAGCAGGACUCUGUGCUGACGGAGCUUAGCGACUGUUUCACACUGGUCUCCUGUGAACUGCUGCCGUCGGAACGCGGUGUUUAUAUCACUGAUAAUAAGGUGCAAUGUCGACUGGUAAUAGAGAGUCAUAUGCCCAAGGACGUAUUAUGUACACGAAUGGCGAUCAGCGUAGAGACUUUCCAAGACAAACCAACAGAGAAACGGACGCCCGUGAAGAGUUAUAAGACUGAUUUAACCGUUAGCGUAGGCUCACAGGCGAACUCGCCCAAGAAAACUGUGGAGGCUACUGAAACUGAAUCUAAUAGUUUAGUUACUAGUAUAAGGCUAGAUGAUCUUAAACCUAAGAACCCGUUGUUAAAUCCUAUGAACAUCACAUCUAAACUUCAUUACAAGGAAGACAAUACGUUACAAAAAGCGACUGUCGAAUGUCAAAACCCAAAACUGCCAUUGCGUCGUUCAGAUAGCACUAAGUACAGGAAACCUUCCCCUACAGUACGGAAUAACUACGAAACAUGUUUUAAAUGUGAAAAUAUUAUAAUACAUCCUGGUUUAAACGACAUUGUGGUAGAAUAUGUUGCUAAGAAAUGUGGUACUUUUAAACUCGGCCAGGUUUCUUUGCUAAUCGAGGGUAGAUUAGAAUUUUUGUCGAACGCUUUAAUACCCAGUAGGGUGGGGUACGAAGUUGAAACGCAAGGGGUCAGUGUGUUUUUGAAUAAGGUUGAACCGAAGAAGGAUUUGGUUGCCGGCUUAGAACAUGAUAUGGAAUUGGUGGUGAAUAGUGGGAGCUCUAGGAUUGAAGAGAAUGCAACAAUUCUUCUAAGAACAUCGACGGGUCUCAAUAUAAGAUUCGCAAAGGACGACAGUCCAAUGUCAAGAGAAUUGUCCAUUCCUAUAGAAGCGAUAGAACCGUUCCAAACUACCAGAAUACCUUUACGCCUGUUUGCCAGUCUACAGCCGAGAAGAGAAAAGAGUAUAGAACAUACUGUAUGGCUGACUUGUCCGUGGUGGGAGACUGUAACUGAAGUCCCCUUACACUUUACCCCGCCAAUGAUUGCUUCUUGGAGGCUCCUUACGUCCAAUACAAGAAAGUUCAUUCAUGUCACCUUGAAGUCUUCGGUCGCACAUUUCAUCCAAUUUACACUGACUGAACCGAAGUUAGAGUGUGACGGCAAUAAUACUGUCUCGGACCUUAACCCAAAGAAUUCUGGUGAUAUGGUAGUAGCAUCUGACAGUACAACCGCCUCAUUCAUGUGGGAGCUCCUCAAAGACCCGUUAGUCAAAGCUGGUCCAAUGAAGGCGACAUUCACAGUGCAAUACCGACUAGCUAACGAAGAAACUUCCAGAACAUUCUCCUGUCCUUUCGAUAUUCAAGAUUAUACGACGCUGUUUGUGAUACGGACUAAGUUGGAACCUGGGAAGGGGUCGGACUUCUUUAGGGCGUCCCAAGUUUGCUGUUUGCAGUUGAACGUACAGAGGGUAAAUGAAACGGAACAUACUUCCCUGAUGUACGAAGUUUUAGCUGAUCAGACAAUGUGGGCCGUUCUUGGUAGAACUGCAGGUGUAAUAAGUAUGGAAUCUAGUACAGCCGAAGGGCAGUGCGUCUCUUUGGAUGUCAUGCCUCUAGGAGCGGGAUACUUGCCUUUGCCCGCUGUUCGUCUCUCAAAGUACAUCGCGCGGGACACUAGCGCCAGAGAUACAGCCGCCCACCCUCGCUUAGAACCCUUCAGUCCAGGUCAAGUGUACCACGCGGGGAAGGCAAAGCAAGUCCACGUGUUACAGCCAGCUCCUAAAGAACAUCUAGAUAUUACAGUCUGAAUAAAGUAGGCUAGGAAUUAUCAACUUCGUCCGUUUAUCAUACAGAUAAACCAAAUGGUUUUAGCUGUAUGAACUUGAUACUGAGCCAGUUUUGGCCAUAUUACAGAAAAAGCAAGGAAAGACAGUUUUUUUAUUUAAUAAGAAUAAAAAAAAUAGAUAUGCGAUACACUGUUGUAUGCCUUUACGCGUACUAAUGCGUCAGCUAAAAGCGUGAACUAAAACCAGUGAAACGGACGUCACGACGCAAGUUUGUUUACACAAUUAUGUAUGCAUACAGCUUGUCAUUCAAAUCUGAGCUUUAAGUCGUACGCUGUAGAUACAAUGUAGCUAAUUCAGUUGUACACAAUCUGUACUAAAAUGACAGCUCUAACUUACUGUUUAACUAUCCCUUUCUACAAUUUGAAGUGGCAAGGGGCAAGGCACAUAGUUCAAAAACCGAUAGAGAUUGGAUUCUCAAUUGGAUCCCCAAUUCCCUUGGAGGGUUGGUAGAAUGGCGACCUCCCACCGGUAAGCGCAGGGGAAGACCCCCAUUACUUGAAUAGACAGCAAGCAAGUCGCAAGGAGCCAUUGUAUUAACGGUGUGCAAAACCAUGUAUGAAAUUUCAGUGGAUGUCUAUUGGUUGACGAUGAAGAUCCCUUUCAUCGAUCAGAUACCAUCAGAGCACUAUGCGAAAAAGGAUAGCACUAGAUUUAGGGCCGAUUUUUCAAUCAUCGAAUAACUUUUAUAUGAGGAAUAAAUUUGAGGUUUUGAUAUUUUUUCUAUAACUUAUUCCUCAGAUAAAAGUUAUUCGACGAUUGAAAAAUCGUCCUGUAGUUUUGUUUACAAAUUAUUGUGUACAACCCAAUUAGCCACAUAAUGGAACAAUCAGACUUAUACAGAUAUAUUUAGCAAAAUGCGGGAUUGCAUAUAUAACUUAUGCAGCUUAACCAAUGAUCAUGACUUUACAGUAUUUAACCACUUUAAAAAAAUAAACAGCCACCCAUGUACUCAGCAAGUGAUUUCUUUAAAAAAAAAAUUAUAAGUAGUCCAUGAUUGGUGUCAAAAGAUUUUACGUCCUUUAGGCGUUGUGAUUGUGAACUAUUAAAUAAGUAAAUAAAAACUCAAAACGAUGUAAUUAUAGUGCUAGUUCUAUAUAAAUAAAUAAGUAAAUGUUUUUCAUCCCCCACACUUUGUAUUGUCGGACCACAAAAAACAUGUGAUAAAUAUAAAAUGUUGUAUUUAAAACUUUGGCUUUUGCUGUUUAGGCUUUUUAAAUGUUUAUCUACGGUCGCUUAGUAUAUAGAUGGUCUCAGGUAAAAAGAACUCUGAACUUGGAGUCCAAGAGGCAUAGAGGUGAUAUGUCUGUCAGGGUUGGCAUUAUUAAAAACGAAUGUUUAAUUUUUUUAAACAAGUGUUUUAAAAACUGUUUAAAACAGUUAAACAUUUUUAAACAAAACAGUUAAUACUUUCAAUCCACGUGUGACUAUUCACAUGCCUAUGCAUCUUCUAGGUUAGCCCGCUCCAACCUAGACAUCAUUGCUCUGUUUUUAGACAUGAUUGUUGUCAAAUGCAAGCCUAUCUCACAAUUUAAAAAAACCCACUGAAAUACGAACAGGCCUGCAGAAGACCCAUUCUAGAAGCAGAGACAAGGUCCAUUUUCCGUAAGAGAUCCGUCAUUGCAACUGUUAUUUCAUACAAUUUAAUCUAUGGAAAAUUGAUUUUGUCUACAUAGCUAAAUUUAUACACCAAGAGUUGUAUUAAACCAGUGAAUAUACUUAUAUAACAAAUAAUAGGAUUAUAUUAUUAUACCUAAUGCCGAUCUUUUGAAGUUUUGUUACAAUGUAUUUAAUGUUAUACGGAUAUAGUCCAAGAGCAGUUGCUAAAGAUGCUUAUUCGUUUGGCACAAACAACUAAUGUAAAAUAAUUAUUUAUUUAAUUUGAAGUAAGUAAAUUAAAACAAUCAUAAAAUUGUUUUUAUUUAUUGACAUUGACAGAUCUCAUGUGCUCGAAAGGUAAGAUGCAGUCUAAGAUGGAAGCAGACUAACUUGGAAUGCAAGGGCCAUCAUUCUAUGCAGCAUCUAACCAGAACGAUAAACUGUCUGGCGGCACACCUUUGGCGGUAGGGUGGUAAUGAUUGGUCUCCCACCAGACUACACAGUUUAUUUAGAAAUUACCUAAAUUACUUCUGCCGGGAGUCGAAUCUGGGACCUUAUAAGACCUCUGCGCUGAAGAGACAGUUAAUAAUUCAAAUAAAUUGUCAAUCGAAUAAGCAUCAAUACAAUAUUACAGUCUUACUUUUAAAUAAAAUACUAUAAUUUCAUGAUAGCUUAAAAUAGUACCUAAUUAUAUUAUUAUACUAUGGAGCUUCAAAACAUUAGUGUAAUGUUAAUUGUGUAAUAAUAGUACAUGUUAGAAAUAUUUAUUGAUUUAUGUAAAAUAAUUAGGUGAGUAAACUUAUAAAGUUUCUUUUAUUUUUACAGUUCUUGGCAGGAAAUAUUACACAUCGGACUUUAGAAAGAUUUCGGCUUCGUAGAGCUUCGUCUCUGUCACUCAUACCUAUGUGACGUUUUGUCGGGGUCACCGACAGAGACAACGCUCUACGAAAAAAAUUCGACUAGCAAUAUUUCCUACCGAGUACUGUACGAAGAUGGCCGUAACAUUUCUUUAGUCGCAAAACAUUUCCAUGUAUUGGAUUCUCAAGAGAUGUAACGGCUAUCUCUCAGACUAUUGCUACAAAGAAAAUGUAUUGGCUUUAUAUGAAUAAGAGUACAAAAUUCUCGUUUCUUAUUUUUUUCAAUAUUGCAUCGACGCGCCGCCAUAUUCCUAGUCUAGGCUCUUGUCUGUGUGUCUGUAUGUUUUAUACGAAACUUAAUUGCCAUCCUAUUUUUUUUUUAAACAUUAUGGAAAGGACGAAUGGUACUUUCAAUCCUGUUUUUUUUAGUUUAAGGCCUCUAAUUCACGUUGACGAAACAUAUUCGGCGAAUGCCAAGAUCCUUGAUGUAUAUAUGUAUAUGAUACCUUGUCCAGUAGGCAUGCAAGUAUACGCUAGCUGGCUUUAUUUACAUGUUUGCCCAGUACAUUUGCCAAGCGCUUUGGUUGGGCUAACUUAUACGAGGGGCAUUAUGUGUUUUGGUGCUAAUAGUGGCAACGUCAAAAUUAUUCUCUUAUUAUUUUUGUACGGUUGGGCAGUUAGGUGUAAUCAUAUUUUAUAGAAAUAGGUAUACCGUUUCACUGAGAGGGCUCGUGAAGAAUAGUCUGGAUUGCGGAAAGGCAGUUGCUAUCAAGGAGUUUAACGAUAAUUCUGGCACCUUCUAGCCCGCAUCCUAACCACAAGCAGUUUCAAUCAAGCUGUACACCCUAAGUAUCCUUUUCUUAGGUUGAAAUCUAUAGAGCAUACUUAGGCUGAGAUGUAUCGAGCGCACUUUGACUUUGCUCAAACUUACGACACUGUUAAAACGAGACUGUAAUAUAGCUGGCAUUGAUUCGUCUUUUUUAACUUGAACUUAAGUCUGAGCAAAGUCUAAGUAUGGUCUAUAGGUUUCAGACUUUAAAUUAUAGUUAAAACGAGUCAGAUUUAUGCCACCGAUAUAAAGCUGUCUCGUUUUAACAUUAAGUCUGAACAGAACAAAUUCAAAGUUUGUUUUAUAGACUUGCCCCCAAUCGUGUAAGAAAAACGUAUUCAUCGUAACUAAUCGACAAACAAAUUCUGCCCUUUGAUUGGUUCAUUUGCUGUUUACAUUUUUUCACCUCCAAUUAAGGGGCAGAAUUUACUACUGAUUGCGACAACGACAAAUAAGUUUCUCUUAUACAAUUAAGGUUGAGUCUUAAUUUCCUCUACAAAAAAAAGGACAGCUUGAAGUUCAGUGUGCUAAAUUGGUACAUACCAUUAUGGAUAUAAUUUAGGAGCUUUUAGAAUUAUUCUGACGGUGGGAAAAUUGCCAGCUUAUGUAGAGUUACUUGUAAUUUGAAUUUGUAUGAUCAAUGACGUCACUAAAAAGCAAUAUGGCUGGCUUGAAAUUUAAAGUUUCUUUUUAAAUAAAAUCUGAACUUCGUUUAUUGGAUUAAUCACAACUUUUGUAUUAUGUUAAUAUAAGUUAUGGAAUUCUUUAUUUCAAAACAUUUUGUUCAUGUUUUACUUAAUAUUCCAUACAAUCGCUGCGCAUGAAAAUUCCGCUAUGGGAAAAUCACAAGUUUUCAGAAGACGAUUGAUGAAACUUAAAUUUUUUGAGAAAAUUGCUUUACGUUUAGAUCAAAAUCACAUAGCUACAAAGUUAUCUCUUAGACCACAACACAUGCUAAAGAACGAAUUUCUGCGUGCGCACGCGCCUUAUUAAAUCUGAAUAAAAUAAAAAUUCUUUAAAAAAAAUUGCGGAUUUUACAUGCGCAACGACGAUAAUCAGGAGGACGAUGAAGCGUCAGCAUGUUGUAAAUAUUUAUCAAACCUUAAAUCGCAUUGCAUAUUUAGAAUUUCAGCUAAGUUAUUUAAACCUUCAAUUACUGUUUUAGUUGUCAUAAUAUAUUUUUGCUAGAUGUAUGAUAUUGAUUUGUUUAGAAUAGUUAAUAAAUUAUAUUAUGUUGUAGAUAUUUGUAAAAGAUAUUAUAUUAAUCGGUAUAAAAUAACCAAUGCAGAUAUAUUUAAAAAGAUAAGUUAAUAGUUUUUUUUUUAUACUUUGAAUAUUAGCGGUGUCUACUGUCGUCUGACCGCCAUGAUUUAUUAUGUCGAAAUUUAGUGAGACAAAUCCUUCCAGAUUCCUCCCUCAUCAACCCUCAGGCUGAGAUCUAACGAUCGUACUUUGAAUUUGCUCAGCUUUACUCAGAGGUAAAAUGAGACAGAGCUACUUAUAUCAGAGGCAUAAUAAGGUCUCGUUUUGACUCUAAGAAAAGUGAAGAUACGCUCUACAAUCUAGGUAAGGAUUAAAGUUCAAACAUGGCUGCGCCGCUAUUCUAAGUAAUUUUAUAGUUUAAGUUUCAGAGGGUGUAAACCAAAGGCAUAAUAAAAAUGGAAAAAACUGAUAUUACAUCGCGACAACGAAACUCAACUCUAAACAUUUAUGUAGUAUUUUGUUUUAUACAUAAUUUUGUAUGGUACAUUGGUGCAGUUUCUCAAUUAUAUAAUCACGGAUAUGGCUUGUCACGAUGUACCCUUACUUUAAUUUAUUACAUCGAAGGUUUUUGUUGUUAAUUUUUUUAUAUUUUUGUAAUGUGUACUCAUAGUUCAAGAUUAUUGUUAAUCGUGGUGGAGUUUCUUUUAGAUUUUAGGGCGCGCACGCACACACGGGCAAAUUUGUCUCUGAAAAUUAUGUCUCCCGCAUCAUAUUUAAGAAAAGUUAGCGACUUUGACGACUUAGCGACUGUAAGUCGUAACUCGUAACAUGCGCACAUUUUUAUUUUUUGCAAAGCCAAAGACCGUGGGGUAAUUGUAUCACUUCGCAGGCUUGUGUGCGCACCUUUAGGCUUCUUUAAGUAAUUAAAACUUUUGUAUAGCAGGUACUAUAAUUUAUGUUGUGGUAGAUUCCAUAACCACUUAUAUAAUGUUCUAGUAAAUGUCAGUAGUUUUUUCAAAGCUACCGAAAUGUUAUUGUAAAUAUCUGACUGUUUAUCUGAAGAUUGUAUUUAUAUUUCAUAACGUAUAUGUAUAAUGUGGCUACCAAUAUAAUGAUUACUGUUA